UCAGUUCACAGGAUAGUAUACAUAUGCUGGUGAGAUGCCUCCAGUCGGGAGGCUGUUGAUGUAAAGUUUGUGGCAGGCAGUGAAGAGAUAUAUCUAAAGACAAAAUAAAAGCUGAGUGUUGAAGACAAACUGGGAGGCUCAUAUAAGAAAGAAACAGAAAAACAAGAUAAGAACCAUUCCAAAGAUGAAGUGUGUUGCUGUUGUUGUGUCGCUGAGUCUACUCUCACUGGGACACUCUGCUCCCCUGAACAGCUGUGAGAGUCUGGUAAAACCAAUAACUAUCAGCAAGGAAGAUAUGUUGGGGAGGUGGCUGUACAUCGGCGGGAGCUCUGACCUCCCAGGAAGCCGCUCCUUGGGUCACCUGCUGACCAGCGCCUGGCUGGACAUCACUGCAACCAGCCAGAGCAACAUCCUCAAUGUCUUCCAGACUCAGAGAAUGUAUGGCAAAUGUUCCAGCUUAACAUACAAUGUGACCUUUGAAAACAGCACAAUGUCAAUUGAGCAACCUUUCUACCUCAAGGAAGUCUACCUGGCAACUGACUGUGCCGACUGUCUGGUUGUCUAUGAAGAAGUUAUCUCUGGCACAGAUACUUUCACCAGUCUUCUGCUUUUUAGCAGGAGAAAGAAUGUCUCACCUGCUGUUCUGGAGAUGCUCAAGAAACAAGCACAAUGUCUCCGGAUGCCAUCGCCCAUAAUGAUAGACACAAACUACGAAAUCUGCCCAGACAACAUCUCGCCCUCAGAGGGGCUCAGUGCCCUCAACUCCUUAUUAGAGGCCAAGAUGGAACAUCAAGUUGCAAGACUCCUGGAUGCUCUUUUUGAUAUGUUUGUGAACUGAUUUAUAAUUAGCUUUGAGUAUGUAAAUAAUUUUGUAUGAUAAAGUGAGGAUUUAUUUUCCCCUGGUAGACAUAAGUAAUUAAGAAAAUUUAAUAAAAUUAAGAUGGAGGAA